AUGGGACGGGGCAUGAGGAACGGCGGCGGAGGACCUUGGGAGCAUGAGGCCGGUAUAAUGAAAUUGCGCGAGUUGGGCGAGGUUGAUUUCCUGGCAGACGGUAAGAUGGCAGUUGGUGGUGGUGACGACGGGGAAGCAGAGAGCGCGCAAAAUGAUGAGGACCUUUGGAGUGAAAGCCUGAGGACCUUGCGGGUUAGCGUGGGUCCGCGGCCUGGCGCCAAUGAGGGGCCUCAGGUUGUCACGCUUUUUCUUCAGGCACACAGUUGCAGACGGAUCGUUCUGGCGUCAUCCAUGUUUGGUCUGCAUCAUCAGGCCCCGCCGAGGGGUACCUUAGACAGUAGUAUCCCUGACUAG